UCCCUUUGGAGAUAGUGGACUCUGUGCCCAUGCCGUCCCAUGCUCAGGUGUUAUACUCAUCCGAUCUGGAAGAACAGUGGAGAACCUCAGGAAAGCACUUUGAAGUCCAGAAGCCGAGGAAAGAUAAAUCAGGGCCACGCAAGAAGCCAUGCAGCUUCUUCUUGGAGGGUCACUGUAGAAGGGCGGACUGUAAAUUUUCUCAUGAUCUCACCCAGAUAACCUGUAGGUUCUGGGAAGAAGGGUGCUGCUUCAAGGGUCUUACUUGUCCUUUCCUGCAUGGGUACCAAAGGGAAUCAAGUUCUUAUGACUCUGGUUUAGAAAAGUUCCAGCUAAAUGAGGAAGACUUCCCAGAAUUGCAUAAGGGGGAUGCUCCAGGGACCUCCAACACUCAGGAACAGAAAGUAGAUGCCUUGUCACACCUGUUGCAGCAUGAAUCGCCUUGCAAGCCUCCAGACAGCCCUUGUCCAGAUGAAAGCGUGGAUUCACCGUCAUCCAUCUCAAGUAGUGAUGAAGUGGAGGGCAGCUCACCACACUAUGCUGCCUCUCUACCUAUAGCUAUCAAAUCAAAGAAAAAAUGAUGCCCACUAGUUAGUUAUGUCCUGAUUUUAUACUAAGAAGAAGUAGUUGACAGGAGCCUAUGUGGUGGUCUAGAAUGCACACAUGUAAUGCGUUUGUACUUGGUAUGGUGUUCCUGUUACAAGAUCGUGGUCCAGAGAUGAGAAAAAUUUUUUGAAUUUCAUUAUAUUGAGGGGUGAUGCGUCUGGUUUAGUGUCCCAGUUAGUUUCCUCCUAGUAUAAAAAUUCACAGCUUGAAGUAAAAUUUUGAUAGAAGGCCAGCUAUGAUAAAACACAUCUGAAUGUGUGCUGGUAUGCAUAAGGUAUCUGAUACACAACAGUGUGCUCUUCCCCAUUUGGUUUUACCUUAUUUCUUGUAAUCUAGAAAAUAUUUCUGGGUUUGGAUUUGUAGUUUUGCUUCCUUUUUGUAUGUUUAUGGGUUGUAAUAUAUUGGCUACAAAAGGAUAUUACGGGAUUGAUGCUUCAUUUUAUGUCAGUUUGAUACUGUGUGCCCCAUUGGGAAUUGGUUAUGAAAAAAAAAGAAAAAAUAAAUUAGGUGUCGGAGUUGCAAAGAAUUCUUCUUUUAGAGUGCUAUAUAUGAGCUUAAUAUGUUCAGUGCUCAUUGAUAAGAAUCGGUGUCAAGAGAGGUUAUAUAAUGCACAUCUGACUGUUUAGCACUAUAUGUGUACAACAUUUU